AGAAUGAUUGUUUGGUCCCCGGUGCUCACUCUCUCUCUGCAUGGGAAAUGGACACAAUACUGUAAAUAAAUUUAGCCCUUUUUAGCAAACGCUUAUAUAUACAUACAUCGCCCAUUCGCCCUCAUUUCCUAAUAAACCAACCCCACCAAGUGCGUUUAUUAAUUAUUCUUCUCUCUAGCUCGAAUGGAAGGAAGCCAUCAAGAGAUGCAGCUCUUCUCCGCCGCAUCGAGCGAACUCGACCUCCAGCUAUCCAUAAGCCUGAACAAGCCCGCCGCCUCGGAGCGCGUGGUGAUCAGGAAAAUGAGGAAGGCGGCGGAGUCGAGCUGCGUGGAGGCCCUCAAGUGGCAGGCGGCGGAGCAGAUUCGGCUGGCGGCGAUGGAGAAGGCCUACGCGGAGCGCGUGAGGGAGCUGACGAGGAGGGAGAUGGAGAUGGCGCAGUCGGAGUUUGCACGCGCGCGCGCCAUGUGGGAGAUGGCUCGCGAGGAGGUGCAGAGAGCCGAGAGGAUCAAGGAGAGGAUCGAUUCCCUUUCUGCCACGUGCUACUCCUGCACGCACAACAACUUCACUCCUUAAAAUCUGCUAACUGCAAUUUUUUAGGUUUUAUUUCUCCCAGGUUGGUGGUGUAAUUAAUGAUCCCAUCGAUCAUUAUGUUUCUUUUUAGCUCGACAGGCUAGCGCCUUAGUUUAAUUUCAUUGCUGUAUUGAAUUCGAGUCUUUGACUAGCACAUGUACCAUGAAGAAAGAUCAGUUUUUCAUGUGCAAAAAUAAAUGCUUCUUGAUAUAUAUGGUAUUCAAAGUUCCAUGA